UUGUGUUGGACUAGUCCGCCAUUCGAGAAGAUGGCGACCGGAGCUGACAUCCACGGGAAGUUGGCGGAGUAUCGGGCAAGGAAAGCCAGAGAGUACAGGGAGGAAACACAAAAACGGAACUUCUGGGGAAAUUUGGGAUAUGUGCAAGGGGAUACACAGGAACAGGAGGUGAACAGUAGCCGCCUGAGAGUUCCACAUCAGAUCUCCAGGAUCCUGGCCCAGAACAACUUCCUCCUCACCAAUCCAACAUUCCUCAAGUUCAUCCUGUGGCUCAUCCUGCUGGGCUUCUUCAUAGAAAUGGGAUUUGCAGCUGUGUAUAUAAUUCUAUCAAUAUUCUAUGUUAUGUAUGUGAAUAUGAGGAGUGGUGACCGUGGUUCAGGGGAGCUGAGUGCAUAUUCUGUUUUCAACCCAAACUGUGAGAGGUUACAGGGAACACUGACUGCAGAACAGUUUGAGAGGGAACUGACAUAUAAGAAGCUUGAUGAUUGAUUGUACAAAUGUAAAUAAGCUGAUCUGAUAUUUAGAGGAUCUUAAAUCAUUAUGUAAUUCACACUGUAGAAACAUUUCAAUUACAAAUGUAUACUCUUUGUAGCUUGACAUUUACAACUACUGUAUUAAAGAGAUAUUUUACCUUUAUCUUGUAGAUGUCUGUGUUUUGUUGCAUACAAAUUCAUGGAAUCACAGUAUCAUAGAGUUACCUUAAGAUGGAAAUUUUGUAGGAGCCUAUGAUGCUAACAAAUAUCUUUGUGCCGGUAUAUGCCAAGUUGAUUGUGGAAUAAAGUUUCAUGGCUGUAUGACUCCAAAACACAUCUUUACUGUGGCUGAAAAUAUUAUUGCAGAAAAAAAGAUAAUGAGGGUCGGGCAAGGUGAAGGACAUUAUUUUUGUCCAUGUAUCUUUAUGCUGGACGAGGAUGUUUA